AUGCGGCAGAGGCAGUGUUUGGAAACUCGGUGGCUGCGGACGUUUCUAGAUUGCUGGCGGCCGGACAGGUGGCAGCGGCGGCGGCCUUGCUGGACCGGACGUGGCGCGGCCCCGCGGCUCCCACGCGCGCUCCUCGAGACCAAGGCGGCCGCAGCCCCAAGGCCCCGCGCCGGCCCCCAGCCGGGACCGCGCCCGGGAGGCGCCCCGCGGCGUCGGGAGUCCGGCCAGAGCGACGCCUCGGCCCCGAGCCCAGCCCGGGGCCGGGACCCCCGCCAGCCCGCCCGCUCCACAGGGCCGCGGGAAGAGGCCGCGCGCCACGCCGCCACCGGGGCUGGCUCGCGUGCGACCCGGGCGGGACAGGGCGGGGCCGGCCCCAGUCCGCCCCAGUGCGGCCCAGUCUGCCCCAAUGCGGUCCAGUCCGCCCCAGUGCGGCCCCAGUGCGGCCCAGUCCGCCCCAAUGCGGCCCAGUCUGCCCCAGUGCGGCCCAGUCUGCCCCAGUGCGGCCCAGUCUGCCCCAGUGCGGCCCCAGUGCGGCCCAGUCUGCCCCAGUGCGGCCCCAGUGCGGCCCAGUCUGCCCCAGUGCGGCCCCAAUGCGUCCCAGUCCGCCCCAAUGCGGCCCAGUCUGCCCCAGUGAGGCCCCAGUGCGGCCCAGUCUGCCCCAGUGCGGCCCAGUCCGCCCCAGUGCGGCCCCAGUGCGGCCCAGUCCGCCCCAAUGCGGCCCAGUCUGUCCCAGUGCGGCCCAGUCCGCCCCAGUGCGGCCCAGUCUGCCCCAAUGCGGCCCAGUCUGCCCCAGUGCGGCCCAGUCUGCCCCAGUGCGGCCCAGUCUGCCCCAAUGCGGCCCAGUCUGCCCCAGUGCGGCCCAGUCCGCCCCAGUGUGGCCCCAGUGCGGCCCAGUCUGCCCCAAUGCGGCCCAGUCUGCCCCAGUGCAGCCCCAGUGCGGCCCAGUCCGCUCCAGUGUGGCCCAGUCCGCCCCAGUGCAGCCCCAGUGCGGCCCAGUCCGCUCCAGUGUGGCCCAGUCUGCCCCAGUGCGGCCCCAGUGCGGCCCAGUCCGCCCCAGUGCGGCCCCAGUGCGGCCCAGUCUGCCCCAGUGAGUCCCAGUCUGCCCCAGUGCAGCCCCAGUGCGGCCCAGUCUGCCCCAGUGCGGCCCAGUCUGCCCCAGUGCGGCCCCAGUGCAGCCCAGUGCGGGCAGCUCCACGUGCGACCCAGGCGGGACACGGCGGGGCCGGCCCAGUGCGGCCCCAAUGCAGCCCAGUCUGCCCCAAUGCGGUCCAGUCUGCCCCAGUGCGGCCCCAGUGCGGCCCAGUCUGCCCCAGUGCGGCCCCAGUGCGGCCCAGUCUGCCCCAGUGCGGCCCCAGUGCGGCCCAGUCUGCCCCAGUGCGGCCCCAAUGCGUCCCAGUCCGCCCCAAUGCGGCCCAGUCUGCCCCAGUGAGGCCCCAGUGCGGCCCAGUCUGCCCCAGUGCGGCCCAGUCUGCCCCAGUGCGGCCCCAGUGCGGCCCAGUCUGCCCCAGUGCGGCCCCAGUGCGGCCCACUCCGCCCCAGUGCGGCCCAGUCCAUUUGUCCCUCUGA